AUGAAGCCUAAGGGUCCAAAUUCAACAAGGAGCAGGACUCCAAAAGGCAAAGUGGUUAAAAAAGAACUGCCAAGUGAAGAAAUCAUUCAGUCAGCAUACAAUCUUCAGCCCUCUCUGAGACCUUCUGUGGAAAUUGUCAAAUGCAUUAGCUAUCAGAAAUUUCGGUACAGCGGCGAGAACAGGCCAGGGAAAAAGUAUCAAGAGAAGGAAUUCAUGACGCUGAAGUUGAGUAACCUUCAGGACAAGGUUGUUCGUGUGGUCAUCAUAUGUACAGAUGCAGACAACCGUGAGCUGAUUCACCCGAACGGUCUCGUUGGCAAAGACUGCCACGAUGGGAUUUACGACAAGGAAUAUGCCGUUACUAAGCAGUUCUUUCAGAUCAAAAUUCCUUAUUUGAGAACUGAGAGGAUGAAGACUAAGAAAAACGAGCACAGAAAUAUUCUAGGAGUUUUGAGUGCAAGGGCUUCACAUCUCCCCUCUCCAUAUAAAGAGAGAUGCUUGUCACAGUGCACUGACAAAUACACAUCAUCUCGGGACAAGUUUGACACAACAAAGGUUUGCCUGGGAGUUAUUGUCACAGUGGAGAGUCAUCCUGGCAUAUUAAAUGGAUCUCUUCAUGCCAUCAGUAAUGUUGUCAGGAAUGCUAGUGAGAAGACAUCAUUGAGUAUUUUCAAAUUAAGUAACGAUUCCGUGCCUGCUUUGACUGGUGCCUGCAUUGAUAUCUUCACUUCUGAAGAUGGGCCAGCGAUUGAGCCAGACAAAUAUUUGAUUCAUGUCUCCUGUGACUUAGAGGUUAAUGGGGUGGAAGGCUGGGAGUCAGAAAAGUACUCGCCAGGGAAAACUGACCUGCUCUACAAGAGGGUGAUUACCUAUAAGGUUCCACCUUUCAAACCCAACCCAGACCUGGUUUCUCCCAUUCCUGUGAUCCUAAACUUGGAGUGCCCUCAGAGCAACCAGUAUUGUUGUUAUCAGUUUCAAUACGUACCCCAAGGAGAAGUGAUGUUUAUUGAUGAUGAGGCUUACUGUAGAGGACAGAAGCGAGGCUCUGUUGAACAUGACAUUAAACCAUCCCCAAAGAGAUUGAGAUCAGAAAUGUAUGACAAUGAUGGAAGUACAGAAGCUAUCAAGGCCAACCUGAAGACAAAAAUCAAAGCCCGCAAUGAAGCUCCAAACAGUAUUGAAGCAAUGUGCAUUGACAACCAGGGUGACUCUCCGGAAGAGGAAGAGGAGACCAGAAACUACCUCAGAGACCACAAGCAGCUGCAGAUGUAUUCCCAGGAGUGCCCUGUGAUCAUUCAUCACCAAGAUCCUCAAACAGGAGAAUCCUCCUACCUUCUGGAUAUGGACGCUAGCAAGAGUAGCAGUAACCCUGGAGCUGCUCUUGUUGGUAAUGAAAAUCAGUAUGUGAUUCAUUUCCAGGAGAAGGGCUCGGGAAAUAUCAUUCAAGGUUUGAAGAGUGUGAAAACUGCAGGCUCGGCAGUUCAUUCAGAUACACUUCCAACCAAUGCUGUGUUUGUUUACACCACAAAUGAGAUUCAGCCGGUAAGAAUGGGAGAUAAUCCUGUAGAGCAUGUGUUUAUUCAGAGGGUUGGGGAUGAAAACCAGAUAGUGUUUACAGAUUCACAGAGCUUCAGGCAUGCAGAAAAUCACGUGAGUGUCUUUACCAGUGAUGGUCUACCGGCAUCAUCUGCCCACAAGACAGCUUCACAAAUCUUGCGUGGAGAAACAGUUCCUGAGAAAAGGUCAAGUUAUACAGCAUUUGUUGGCUCUGACGGACAGUUGGAAGGAACUCAGUCCAUUUCAAAUCGCUCCAGUUCAGCGGCAGAAAAUAGACUUGCAUCUACAGCACCCUACACUUCAAACAACAGUGGUUCGGUUUCCUCUAGCAUUUCAUCCCUUGCUGGAAGAUACAGUCCAAAUACGACUUCCUUCCCAUCAUCCAUACCCCCAAUUCGACGUAUGCUCAUUUCCAACAAGGGGGUGUCAAAUGCUUCUCCAUGGGAGGUGGACAACGGUGAUGAUGAUUCUUCAGACUAUCAGAUUGUUUUCAAAACAUUUGAGGCAUCUAAUAACAGGGUCCCCUCACAACAAGUGCCCUUGAAAAGUGAGCCUCUUGAUGAAAAUCCUUAUCGACAGAGUAAUGAGCUCUUCACCUCGAUGUCUCGGACAUCCAUGCCUCCCUACCAUGUCCCACUUAUUCCUAUUUCUGAGGCACAGUUACAACAGUUGGGAAGAAUUAGUUACGUUAAAGAAAAUCAACUCAAGCAAGUUAUCCACACAUCCUCGGAAGAAUCAACAGUCACAGCGAGAAACAGUUCUGUCACAGCUUCCUCUGAGGGUCUCACUUCUCUGGAUGUUGCACUUGCCAACAAUUUACCCACAAUAAAAAUAUAUGAAAUAGCUUCAGAGUUACAGGAUGAUAAUGGUUCUGAUGCUGAAGAAGCAGCUGAAAGCAAUUGA